AUGACCAGAAACUGUUUUGUUCCUCAUUGUUAUGAGGGUAACAAAUCCCAAAUUAAAAAAAACAAAUUACUCGGAAUAAGACAAAAAACCAUGUUUACAGCACCGAAGGAUGCACUUCUUCUGGAGAAAUGGUCUAAAGCAAUCCAAAGGGCUGAUAAAAAAUUGCGACCAGGAAUUGAUUUUGUAUGUGAAAAACAUUUUGACGAAACUUAUAUAUCUAGAUAUUUUGAAACUAAGAUGCCCGAUGGUUCAGUUAAUCUAAUUGAGAGGGGUAGAUUAUUAUUAAAAAAAAAUGCGAUACCAUCAAUUUUUUCAGAUUUGCCAUGCUUAACUAUGAAUAAACCAACUAAAAAAAAAAUUGCAGAACAAAAUAUAUGUUCUAUUGAAACUAUUUCAAGUUCAAUUGAUAAUAUAUCUAAAAUUCAUGCUAAUUUACAAAAUACAUUAAAAAAUAUGAAAUUACCUGAUGAUUGGUUUUUUUGUUAUGCACAUAGUUCAUUGGUAUUAGGUUAUUUAGAUUCUAAUCAUGAACUAAUAAAAAGAAUUAUAAUAUCGAAUAAAGACUUACAUUUAAAGGUAUUCAUUAAAAACAAACAAGUAAACAUAACACAGACUCCAGUUACAUGUAUUAAAGAUAUUAAGAAAAUUAUAAAAACCGUUGAUGAUAUUAAAAUGGGCCCUGGAACUGAAAUCGAUAAUAGUACAAAAUCUGAUCAAUGUUGUGAAUAUGUAAAUCAACUUUCAUUACUGAAUCAAGUACAAUGUUGUGCUAAGUGUGCAAAAGAAAGAAAGUUUAAUAUGGAUAUUCGAGGAUUACCCCCCCAAAAAAGUAACAUAAAACCAACUACAAAACUUCAUAUAAAGAAUGUUUAUUGUAAUAAACAACUUAAUAAUAAAUUACAUACAGUUAAAAAACGGGAGCAAGGAUGUGCAAAGUUAAUUGGUAAAAUUAACUAG